AUGCAGAGUGGCACAGUGGCUGAGAACGUGGCCUCCGUUGCUGCACACCUGAGUUUGCGUUCUGGUGCUGCAGCUUUCCAGCCCUUUGUUGUUGAUGCGACGGCCACACGUGCUCCGGGUCAGCAGGCUGCUCCCGUGACAAGGAUGCCGCGGGAUAGGAAGAAGGCUUUCUGGCCGUCCAGAAAUACUGGCUCCCAGGAUUGGGACUGGCCUCUCGGGGUGGGGGUGGGGAGAGGGGGAUGCCCCAGCCAGAGGGAGGUCCCUGGGGCCAGCCUGGAGGGAGCUGAGGGAAGUCCCACCUGUUUCUGCACGUGCUCGCCUCCCUCGGAGGCAGGAACUGAAUCUGACCUAAGAGGAACUGACUCUCUUGGGGUGGAAGAAACAGAGUUGGCUUCUUCGUUUUUCUUCCAGAAUAACGCCGGGGUGUUGAGGCGGCAUGCUGGCGAGGGCUUGGGUGCGCACAGCCGCCCUGCGUGUGGCCCCACCUCUGAUCUUGGGAGGAGUUCGCUGUUCGGAACCGAGCAGGUCCUGAGGAAGGUGUCCAGUGUUCUGGGCUGGAAUGAAUGGGCUUCCCCAGCAGAUUUUAGGGGCUUUUCUUUGAAAUUUGAAGGAGAAGCAGAAAUGUGCCCCAGAACAAAUCAGCUCCACCGAGCUCCCAGUGACCUGAAUCAAAUGCAUCGUCUUUGGCAUGAAGUUCAAGGAGUUCUGCCGGGCACCGACCUGGGUCACCACCAUCAGAAUCCACGCACAGAACACGCCUGUCACCCAGAAAGCUCCCCUGGGCUUUCCGCUCCGUGCCCUUGCCGUGCUCCCGGCCCCAGGCAAUGGAUGACCUGCUUCCUGUCACUGGGCGUGCGUUUGCAUUUUCCAGAAUUCCUAGGAAUGGAAUCAGACAGCGUGUGCUCCUGAUGGGCUGGCUUCUCUCACUCAGCGUAAUUAAACGUGGCGUCCUCCACGUGCCGCGCAUCAGGAACUCAUUCCUGUUUCCUGCUGAGUCGUGUUCCGUGGUGGGGAAGGCCACCGUUUGUUUAUCCACUCACCUGGUGAUGAACGUUUGGGUGGUUCCCAGCAUGGGGCGAUUAUAAAUGCUGCUGCUGUGAA